AUGCUAAGAAUAUUGACUCGAUCAACUCUUAAUCUGCAACUUCAUGUUUUUUAUAGUUAGUUACAAAUUCAACUUUGAAUGAUUACCAACUGCUGAGCUCCUUUGCCCACCAUUUCACCCUUCAAGCCCCUCUCUCUCAGCCAUGAUCAUGAGAACCUUUCCUAAGGUGAUUCUUGCUCUGAUCAUCCUAUGUUUCAGCAACAACAAAAUUUUGUCACAUGCAGCUGACACCCUUUCUCCAAACCAAACUCUCUCCGGUGAUCAAACCAUCGUUUCCUCGGGUGGAAAUUUCGAGCUCGGGUUUUUCUCUCCAGGUAAAUCUUCCAACUACUACAUAGGCAUAUGGUACGGAAAAAUCACUGAGAAAACUGUGAUCUGGGUUGCCAAUAGAGAAGCUCCCAUUUCAGACAAGAACUCUGCCCAACUCAAGAUAUCAGAUGGUAAUCUGAUGCUUGUAAACGAAUCCCAAAUCGAGGUUUGGUCAACUGGUUUAGGUGCCACAGAUUCAAGAAGUUCUGCAUCUGCUGUGCUUCUUGAUGAUGGGAACUUGGUUUUAAGACAAGGGUUAGGCUCGAAUUCUUCAUCUCCGGCACUAAAUUUAUGGGAAAGUUAUAAUAACCCUUCUCAUACAUGGAUGCCUGGUGCAAAAAUUGGGUAUAACAAGAUUACUAAAAAGAAGCAAAUUCUUACAUCAUGGAAAAACUCAGAGGAUCCUGCUCCUGGAUUGUUCACACUCGAGCCGGAUCUGAAUAAGAGCCAAUAUGUAAUAAGGAGGAAUAAUAGUGAGCAGUAUUGGGCUAGUGGAGCUUGGGCUGGUGUGGUUUUUAGUGGAGUGCCCGAAAUGAGGACGGCUCUUAAGAAUGGCUACAAUUUCACCUACGUUGACAAUGAGAAUGAGAGCUAUUACAGGUACACCAUUCGUGAUCCAUCAAUUAUCUCAAGGCAGAUUAUGGAUGUGUCGGGGCAAGUGAAGCAGCUACUGUGGGUGGGAAAUAGCUGGAACGUGUACUGGUCUGUGCCGAAACAGUGUGAAGUUCCUGCUUAUUGUGGAGAGUUUGGUAUGUGCACUGAGCCCUCAUUUCCAUUCUGUAGUUGUUUGAGGGGAUUCAAGCAUAGGUUUGAAGAUGAAUGGGAGUUGAAUGAUUUCUCUGCUGGUUGUGUGAGAGAGGAUGCUUUGGAGUGUGGGGAUGCUGAUAGGAGAAAAGAUGAGUUUAUGAUGAGUCCUGGCAUGGGGUUGCCUCAGUACUCUCGACAGUUGAGGGUCGAGAGCAGAGGCGAAUGUGAAUCCGCCUGCUCAAGUGAGUGCUCUUGCACAGCUUAUGCAUAUGAUGAAGGCGGAUGUUCGCUUUGGGAUGGAGGCAUAUUGAAUCUGCAAUGGGUUGGUGAAGGAAAUAGCAGUGGGAGGACUAUCUACAUUAGACUUUCUGCUUAUUCCUCGGUGUUCCGAGGCCAAAAGAGUGAUAAGGGUGUCAUAAUUGGUGCUGCAGUGGGUUGUUCUGUGGUUGCGUUGGUCAUGUUAACAGUUUUGGCUGAACUGUGGAAGAGGUGGAGACGAAGUGUUGAGACAAAUAAAGUGGUGGAGGGUUCUCUGGUGGCCUUUAAAUACAAAGAUUUGCAGAAUGUAACUAAGAAUUUCUCAGAUAAGUUGGGUGGAGGGGGUUUCGGAUCGGUUUAUAGAGGAACUUUACCUAAUUCAACAGUUGUGGCUGUGAAGAAACUUGAGAGCGUUAACCAAGGCGAGAAGCAGUUCAGGGCAGAAGUAGGCACCAUUGGCACAAUCCAACAUGUGAAUCUUGUUAGGCUUCUUGGAUUAUGUCGUGAAGGUGAGAAGCAGUUGUUAGUCUAUGAGUACCUGCAAAAUGGUUCCUUAGAUUUGCAUCUCUUCAAAGCUGAUGAGUCUAAGGUUUUGGAGUGGAGUACGAGGUAUCAGAUCGCACUGGGAAUAGCUAGAGGCCUAGUGUAUCUCCAUGAAAAGUGCAGGGACUGCAUCAUUCACUGUGAUAUAAAGCCGGAGAACAUUCUUCUUGAUGCUGACUUCUGUCCCAAGGUGGGAGAUUUUGGCUUGGCAAAGCUCAUUGGUCGUGAUUUCAGCCGGGUUCUGACAACAAUGCGAGGAACUAGAGGUUACCUUGCACCUGAGUGGUUAUCAGGAGUUGCCAUCACAACUAAAGCAGAUGUAUACAGCUAUGGGAUGUUGCUAUUUGAGCUUGUAUCAGGAAGGCGAAACACAGAGCUUUCAGCUGAUGAUACUGCUAACUUCUUCCCUGCAUUGGCUGCAACUGUGACAGUAAAUGGAGGUGACAUACUUGGUCUUCUAGACCCUUCAUUGGAAGGAGAUGCUGAUGAAGAAGAGGUGUCGACAAUAUGCAAAGUCGCUUGCUGGUGUGUUCAAGAUGAUGAACAUAUGAGACCUUCCAUGAGCCGUGUUGUGCAGAUUCUUGAGGGAGUUGUGGCUGUAAGCUCGCCUCCGAUUCCACAGGGUCUCAAAGUCCUUUUAGCUGCAAGUCCGGAACAACUAUUGUUCUUCAUUGAUUCCUCCACAACAGCACAUUAGUUCUGUAGAUAAAAUAUAUCAAUUUUUCAAUAUUUUCAUAGUACUUUCAAUAUGUAUCUCAAUAGUAUGUUUGGAGAAAUAAACUGUAUAACUUGAAUAAAGAGGUCAUUUAUUAACAACUGGUUAUACAGCUAUAUUUAUUGUUCCUUCUAAACAGCUUAACUGGAUAUACACUGCAAUGAGUUUCAAUCAUUCGGAGCAAGAGUCCGUACUUGUAAUUUUAGCUCCACGACUCAACCUCCCCAACAAGCUUACCCUACUUAUGCGUAUACCAAAAAACUUCAUGUGACCAUUCUUCCUUUUCCUUCCUGACACAUGGGAAACACCAUUUGCUAUAGGUUUUAUUUCAGCAACUUCAGCCCUCCUUAAAUCUUCCUCGUAAUCAAGUUUCUGCUGUACUCUCCAGAGAGCUUGCUCAGGUCCACAAAGGUGGCCAAAGUAGUAACGGGGGUUAAUGCAACAUGAUCUCGAAGACACAAUGCCUUUGAUAUUGACAGGCCUGAGAAGCUCAAUGAAUUCUUGUAUCUCAGAAUAGCAUGAGUGAUCAGAGUAAUGGACUUCAUAAUAUUUUGUAGUGUUUCCUGAAUUUUCACCCAACCCGUGUAUCUCAGAGCAACUUCCGGUAUUUUUGCUGCACACUUUUUCAUUCACAUGAGAUGCCGUAUUCCCAUUUUUCCUAACCACAUCCCAUGGCAUGCCAGAUGGAAUAAUACCUAUGGUUGGGCCACGGAAUUCAUUCAGCUUGCUAAGAGUGUCAGUUUUAAAACUGUAACGAGGAAUAGCACGGAUUCUAGUAAGAGAGGUGUGGGUUGUGAAGUUGUCAUGAAACCCAAGUAGAUGUACGAUUUGUAAUCAUUCCGGCCAUAACCAAAUCUGUAGUGAGGCAAAGUUGAGCUGUUACAGUGAUAAACUUCUAAGUAAUAUAAAUCUGUAACACAUAUACCAUUAUAACUUCAUGUUCAGUGCUUGUGAUAUAUAGAGCAGAAGGUCUUCCUUUCCCAAUGAGUCUAUUGCAAUAACUACUUCAUCGUUUGGAUGAAACGUGAUAAUAUCAACAAUCUGUAAAUAGUUGUCAAAAGUGUGGCUCAAUCUUCUGAAACAUAAAGGAGAUGUAAAGGUUCAAGCAACGCAACAUCUCUAGAGACAUCUCAGCUCAAAGAUCUACAAAAAAAUUAUUCAUCCAAAUAAUUAUUCAAUAAAUGCAAGCACAACAGACUAUCUCUAACAAUUCUUUCACUGUCUCGUCCACGCCUAAACCAACUAACUUUACACACGCAUCUUCUGAUUUGUUUCCUUCCUUUCUUGAGAAAUAGUAAUGAGUGAAAACCUAUGUUGAAACCUGAAACAAUCUGUAGUACCAUAAAUCAACCCCACCUUAUCAGGGCAGUCUAUUCCUCAUCUGAACAUCUUAUAUGAACAGAACAGUUAGUCUAAGAAUAUAGUGAGAGGGAGCAUAAAUACUAUAGCCAGCUUAAGUCAUAACGGAACGAAAAUAACUACAAAAUACAAGAAUCAUAUUUCAGAAGAAUACAAUAUCUACCUGUUUGGAAGCCACUUCAUGAGAAGGAAACUAGUACUGAGGGUUGCAGUAAGUAUUAUACUCCCCUCUGUCCCACCACAAGUGAGGCGUUUCUUUCCGGCCGUUGUUUUGCAAAGAUGACAAUAAAUAGUUCGAGUGGAGAGAAAGUAAAAUAAGAGAGAGGAUAAUAUAGAAGAGAGUCGUAUAUAUAUUAUUCUCUUAUUUAUUCGGAGUAUUAUUUUUGCAAAACAACGUCCGAAUUGAACCGCUUCACUUGUAGUGGGACGGAGGGAGUACAAAAAAAGAGUAUCAAGUGUCUGAUCCUUGAGAGCAUCAAGCAACACAGCCCUUCCAUUUUCCGUGGCUAAACUAUUCGAUUCCCAACAAAAAUCCCCAGUGUGAAGCGUACAGCCAGAUUCCCCACGAAACAAGUACACAUAACUGAGC